UGAUGGAUUCAAAUAAUAUCCAGCAGCUUGGAUCAAUUCUCUUCUCCUAUCUUUUCCACUUGCCCUACACCACGUACAAGAUUGCACCACUCCUGCAAGCCAAAGAAAGUGAUGCUUCUCCUCAUGAGGUAGGUAACAUCAUCAAUUUCCUGCAAAGGGCCAGUUGAGAGAAGAUGAUCCUAUGCUUUUUGAUCUUUCUUUCAAAGAGUACAUCAUCCUGGAAAAAUUAUGCAAGAAGGGAGGGAGGCAUUAGACGUUUGAGCAGAGAAUACAAAGGAAAAAGUUGACCCUCUUCGUGCAGCCGUAUUUCCACAUCAUAUUGGAAGGGAGAUAUUUCUCACUUUUCCUCUUCCUCAUCAAAUCUAUAAAAAUCGUGCUCACUUUGAAGCUGCCAUUUGGAUGGGGGAUCUUUUUUAUGUACUGGUUAUAGUGGAUUCGAGGGCAUAUAAGAGGAGAUACAGAUGGGGAAAGUAGUGUGCCUCAAAAGAAGAAUACAACGCGGAUGUUUGGAUUUGGAUCUAAUGAUGAGACAGGCACUCAAAUUCCAACCCAAGCCCAAUCGAUUGUGGAAGGAUCAGGUUCAGUUAUGGUUUCUGAGUUCAAACCAGUUCCUGAUGUUGAUUAUCUACAGGAGUUACUGGCCAUUCAACAACAAGGUCCUAGAGCCAUUGGCUUCUUUGGAACGCGAAAUAUGGGUUUCUUGCAUCAAGAACUUAUUGAGAUUCUUAGCUAUGCAAUGGUUAUAACGAAGAACCACAUCUAUACUUCAGGAGCAUCUGGAACCAAUGCAGCAGUUAUCAGAGGUGCAUUGAGGGCUGAAAAACCAGAACUGCUUACUGUCAUUUUGCCACAAAGUUUGAAAAAACAACCUCCUGAAAGCCAGGAAUUGUUAUCCAAAGUUAAGAAUGUGAUAGAGAAGCCCCACAAUGAUCAUUUAUCUUUAAUAGAAGCUAGCAGGUUGUGUAAUAUGGACAUCAUUUCGCACGUGCAGCAGGUCAUUUGCUUUGCAUUUCAUGAUAGUAGGUUGCUCAUGGAAACAUGUCAAGAGGCAAAAAAUCUCCGGAAAAUUGUCACGCUUUUUUAUCUCGACUAAGAAGUAGGUGGAAAAUCUGUAAAUACAUUAUUUAACCGAUAUUACAUAUUUCGCCUAAUUUUGCUUGUAAAGUUGCUAUCGUUGAUGCUGCCUGCUGGUGCUCAAAGUUUUCCAAUCAUUGUGACAGUGGAAAAGAGGCCAAUUUGCCUUUCCAAAGAGAUUUUUAUUUUUUAUGUUUGAUAGCUUUUUUUUCCUUUUUCUUUUGAAAUAAAAAACGACAAAGGGGCAACCAACCUUCCCUUUUGAAUA